CGAAAUUCGACUUUCGAGCCGCUUGAUUGUCCAGAAUGAACUAUGAUCCGCAACACCUGCUGGAUCAAGGAUUUCAUCGCAAAUAAGUGGAAAUAACGCCAGGAGACUUCCUUUACAAAUAUGAAUGGGGCGAUAGCCAAAUUUUUUUGAGACUACCGCAAAGCACGUUGAUCGAUGUGGAUUCGUUUUCGUCGGCAACCUCAAAAUGCGCAGGACCCCAUUGAAAUAUUUGAAGUUCGUUUUUAUCGCAAGGAGGUACUUAGCCAUUUAGUUUCACCACGAACAGAAAAACGGCUGUUCCUCCGUCAGGGCUAUCUAUUUUACGCUUGUUUUCAUAUAUCCUUCUAGCAUCUAGAUGACAUUAGAAACGAGAUUGAACAUGAUGAUGGAGGUGAUGGAUGAAUAAAGGUAGAAGUUGUGGCUUUACUUUUAGUGCGUAGCAGGUACAGGCUCGCUCCUAAUAAUUCCAUAGUACGCGACGACCCCAACUUGAUGCAGUGCUGCCGUGUCAUCUCGCUGCAGUUGGAUUGUGCCAUUAUUUUGCACAUUUUGCUAAUAAAGCCCUGAGCUAGAAAAAAAAGAUGGCUUCCUUCGAGUAUCAGCACUCCAUCCUGUACAAGGGCGAGAACCCGGCCACGGCCCAGUUUGUGCCCAAGAACCGCGAGAAGCAGCAAAACAGAACCUUUCGCCACCGCGCCGGGGCGGAGCCAGCGUUUUUGAAAAAGGAGCUAGAGGAGCAGGAGCGGCAGCAGGAGCAGGAGGAGCGGAUAAAAAGGCAAAACGCCUUGCUCCAAGCCCAGCAGCAGUCCCGCGGGCUCCGGGCGGCCGCGGACCACUUGCGCGCGGAGCGACACCAUGGAUCGUCUACUUCCGCACCGUCGAAGCCCCCCGCGCACGCGCGACAGAAGGUCUACGGGGGGGUGGCGCAGACAAGGGUGACAGAAGUGGCGAGUCGGACGAUCAACGAAACCGUGCACGACCGAAUAGCAAAGAGGCAAAAGCUGCAGGCCGCAGUGGAAUUGGACGACGACUCCGACGACGGAGGUGGAACGGGGGACGAAGCGGACCGGUAUACUGAUUUUGUUCAACAAGAAGGCCGUGAUGCAACGAAUUUUGUGUUGCUGAAAAAGUGCAACUUUCCCUCUCAAUUAUCUCUUCGUGACCACUUGCAUAUGAAUGUUGCAGAAGAACAAUUCCGCUUCGAGUUCGACCGCUUACUUUUUCUGAAAAAAGCUUCUGAAAAAUAGAGAAACGCUCUUCAGGCCCGACCAGCCGCCGCUCGCCCAGCCGCUUCUCCCACGGCCUGGCCGGGGAGAUGUUGACGACGAUGACGACGACUCCGCGUCGGAUUCCGAGGACUCCGAAGUCGCCGAGGACGCUGCGCAGAAACGCCGCAUCGCGUUGGAGCGCGCCCGAAAACAGGCAGAGCUGGUGGAGAGGGAAAAGGAGGACAGAGAAAAGGAGAAGGAAAGCCGGAGCAGCAGCAAAGUCGGUGGAAUUGGCGGUACAUCAACAGGUGCUGGGCUCUUGCAACUUGAGCCGGUCGGCGGGGCGGCGGUUUCCAAAGUGCUCGACGACAGCGAUAGUGACACAAGUUCCUCAAGUGACAGUGACGGCCCCGGGGCCAAACUGGCGAAGCCGGUCUUCGUGCCAAAAGGUACAUAAUGCGAAUGAUUUUAUUUGUAGUCCUUACUUCCUGUAAGUGCACCAGCUACAACAGCUACAACGCACCUGGGUUGAUGUAGCAGUCCUGCUACGUACGUAUCAUCUCGUGCAACUUUUGUUUUCUUGUAGAACGAACUUAGUAUAAGCAAGUCUAUCCACCCUAACCAGGUAUGCGCGCGACCGAGCGGGAGAAGGCCGCGAAAGUGGCCGAGGAGCAGAUGCUCGAGCAGGAGAACCGGAUCCUGAAGAAGCAGAAGAAGGAGGACGCGAAGCGCAUGGUGGCGGAGCGCGUCGCCCAGGAGGACAUCGAUGCGAUCAACGAGGACAGGGUGAUCCACAGCGAGAGUAUCACAAGAAAAAGUGUUAACGUUGACGAUUGCAGUUAUGCAUCACAAAUGUCGUGCAAUAUGCAUGCUAUGCAUAUACAAAUUUUGGCAUGUUUUGUGAUGCAUUGCUGCAUCGCAAAUUCCGUUAGCGUUAACACUUUUUGCUGUGAUAGAGAGUGAAUACAGCUUAGAUUCGGACGAGGAUGAAACCGCGGAGUCCAUGGAACUCUGGAAGAUUCGGGAGUUGGAGCGCGUUCUGUCUUUGCAGAAGCUGCGCACGCAGCGGAUCGAGGAGUUCGAAAGGUUGGAAAAGCGAAGGCAGAUGACGGACCUGGAGCGCCAGGAGGACGACGAGCGCAUGGACAAGGAGAACCCGCUGAUGGCCAGCAAGGCGGAAAAAUCGCAGUUCGGGUUCAUGCAGAAGUACCACCAUCAGGGCGGGUACUUUAUGGACAAGAAGAUGGACGUAUGAGAGUGCCCAACCCCCCCUCCCCCUCAUUUGUCAUGCAAAACCCCAAAUCCAGACUGUGCCUCUUAGCACUGCAAAUUUUUGAAAAAUGGGCUUGGGGAAGUUUUUCCGCUUCGUACUUUUGUACGAUGAGGUCGCCGAAAGUGCUUCCUCGCCCACCCCCCGGGGAGGGGAUCCUUGACCUGUGGCGCUGGGUGCGGGUGUCCACUACAUGAUGAUGAUAGCACUGCUUGCAUGACAAGUUCUGGUAGCCCAAAUAGCCAUACGCUCUAGUGUAAAUUUGUCAUGCAAAGUUGAACUUCUCGCUGAUGCUUGUAUUGCCGGCCAUGCCAUACAAAUGAGGGGGAGGGGGAGUUGUGCGCUGUCAUAGGACGGGUCGGAGAUGCUCUACCGCAGAGACGUCAACCAGGCCUUGGACUCCGAGAAGUUCGACAAGCAACUCCUGCCAGCAUCCAUGCAGGUCCGGCGCGGGAAUUUCGGGUUCAAGGGGCAGGUCAAGCACAAGUCCCUCAAGGAAGCGGACACGACAGAUUGGACCUCGGCGUGGGUGGACCCCAAGGUGCGGGAGAGGCGGGAACUGUUCGAAAAGCAACAGCAGGACCAACAACGCAUGCGCGACGAAAAGCUCAAGGAAAUGCGGAAGAUGGGGGAGAGAUAGUGCUUUUUAUUUCCCUUGUGGUCUGUGGCUCUGGCUGUGCUUCUUCUUGGCAUCCAUUCUGCUGUGCUGGUUUCGCCUUCGCGCCGCCGGGCCAGCACUAUUUACCACUAAACGACCCGCACGCAGCAAGAACUGUGGCUGUAGUAAAACAAGCGACAUCAUCAUCAACGACCUCAGCUCUCUUGAUAAAAUCAGUGAUCAUCUUCACAUGAUCAUGAAACACGCACGCUCGUACAUUAAUCAAACCAAACUUCUCACCUGCUCUACGGGACCAAGAGCAUGGUGCCUAGAGCAGGGAAAAAUCGCAACUUCUUCACAGCGCGAACUACUAAGUCUUCAAGGCGAACAAAAACAUUUGAGUGAAUACGUCGGUCACCAACGAACACCCAGACGAGGC